AUGGCUGCCAACGUCUCCCGUCAGUUCGCCCGCAGCGCUCUGCGCUCGUCCACUCGUGGCGCUUUCGUCGCCGUCCCAAGACAGGCCUUCCGCAACCAGGGCCGCCGCUUCUACUCCUCCGAACCCACCAAGUCCGGCAGCUCUGCCUGGCUCUGGCUCUCCGGCCUGGCCGCUGCCGGUGCCGGUGGUGCCUGGUACUACACUCAGCAGGGCGGCGUUUCGGCCGGCUCGACCCCCAAGGUUGUUACCAACCCCACCAGGGACGACUACCAGGCCGUCUACAACGAGAUCGCUGCUCUUCUUGAGGAGCGUGAUGAGUACGAAGAUGGCAGCUAUGGCCCCGUCCUCCUCCGUCUCGCGUGGCACGCCAGCGGCACCUAUGACAAGGAGACCGGUACCGGUGGAAGCAACGGCGCCACCAUGCGCUUCUCGCCCGAGGCUGACCACGGCGCCAAUGCCGGCCUCAGGGCCGCCCGUGACUUCCUGGAGCCCGUGAAGAAGAAGUUCCCUUGGAUCACCUACUCGGAUCUCUGGAUCCUCGGUGGUGUCGCCGCCAUUCAGGAGCUGCAGGGUCCCACCAUUCCUUACCGCCCCGGCCGUGCCGAUCGCGACGUCUCCUUUUGCACCCCUGACGGACGCCUUCCCGAUGCCUCCAAGACCCAGAAGCACAUCCGCGACAUCUUCUACCGCAUGGGCUUCAACGACCAGGAGAUCGUAGCCCUCAUCGGCGCCCAUGCCCUCGGCCGCGCCCACACUGACCGCAGCGGCUAUGACGGCCCUUGGACUUUCUCCCCCACCGUCUUCACCAACGACUUCUUCAAGCUGCUCGUUGACGAGAAGUGGCAGUGGAAGAAGUGGAACGGUCCCGCCCAGUACGAGGACAAGACCAGCAAGAGCCUCAUGAUGCUUCCCGCCGACCUUGCUCUCGUCCAGGACAAGAACUUCAAGAAGUGGGUCCAGACUUAUGCCAAGGACAACGACGUUUUCUUCAAGGACUUCUCCGACGCCCUCGUCAAGCUCUUUGAGCUGGGUGUCCCCUUCCCUGAGGGCCAGGAGCGCUGGGUCAUGAAGCCCAGGAGCGGGUCGUCCUAA